CAUUGCUGUUAUUAAUGGUGAAUUCUGACUCUGGAUCAGUCAGCAAUCUUCAUCUGAUGAACAGAAGAAAUCAGCUAUAUGGCAAAAAACAAAGCUGUGGGGAGCACGUUCUCGCAGGCAUUCUAUCAGCCUGUCGGCAAAGAUGAGGUCAUUAGUCCGCUCGCCAAAGAGAUCUACCAAAGGGCAAAAGUUUUAGAUUCUCAGGAGAUCUGGAACAUUCUGAGGGCAGAGUCUGAAUCAAAGCUUGCUCAGCUGCCAGUGUCUAGGAAAGUGCCUUCACUUAUCAAGUUGCUGGAUGAGCAGCAGGAGUGCAAGCGCAUGGCGGAGGAGAAGGACCGCACCGUGCUGCAGAGGGGUCAGGUCAUGCUCAUGUACAAAGCGUCUCAGUUUCACCACGACCGCACCACCUUGCUGAUCACCAACAACCCGCUGCGGACCGCUGAUGACCCUAUGGGCACCAGCAGCCCUGCUAAAUACCUGCAUCCCAACACCCUCCCCAUAGUGCAGAAGGGGGCUAUAAAUGGGACCAGGUUUUGCAAACAGCCUCCGCAACGCACUGCAACAUCUCAUUCUACAAGACAGGAGAAAGCUAAGACGGGCAGUGUUAUGUCAAGAGGUACUGUCAGUGCUUCCUCACAUAAGUCUGACGCCAGGACAAACAAAUGUGACACCCAUUUUGGGCAUCUAGACCGUAGCAGUGUCAAAAGUAGGACCAGUCUUUCAAGGGAGCCGUUGACCAUCUCAUCUCUAAUGGAAAACACCACAACAGUGACAGUGCCUGGUCAAGGAUCAUUCCGACACGGCCAGACCACAUUCUGGAAUGUGGAGAGUAGCUGAUCCUCCACAAUAACAGAAUGCAUGUAGGCUAUGCAACCCUGACCUUUUGUCAGUCAAAAUGUGAUACUAAUAUCAAUAAAUAUUUUAUCCUGA